AAAUAAAAACCAAUAAUAAUAUAUAAAUAAAAAAAAAUAAACCGAUUCAAAAUGAAUUAUAAUGCGAUAUCGACACAGGAAAAGCCGUUCCUGAAGCUCAUGAUGGCCGACUGGCAUGCCCGAGUCAGUUGUCUUUGUAAUGUGGCCAGUGCACGCUGUGCCGAUACCUUCGACUUGCGAUAUUCAUCGCGUAAGCUGUGCAAUGAGACGCGCAUAGAGCGCCACUGGUUAAAAAACGAGACGAAUACAGCGCUGGACAAUCGCAUUUUGGAGGUCACAAGCUGGCGUGAGAUCAUUUCCAAGGCAUUUGAGCGCCUGGAGAACGAAAUUAAUUUGCUGAAGGGGGCGAAAACGGCGGCAGAACAAGAGCUGGAUCGAGAGUCACGCCAAAUAUCGGUGAUAAAAGAAAUGCUUAGUCUGCGCGACAAUCGCAUCGCAUCCGAGCUGACCUACGACAAGGCGAGCUUUGAGAUCAAAAAUGAACUGGUCUUAUUGGAAAACAAUCGGCGUUUGCUGUCGGAACUCAUCCAGAAGGCAUGGGAGAAGCUUUUACAUCUUGAGGAGGUGCGCUUCAAGGUUGAUCAAGAAGUCAAGAACAAGCUGGAGACCAUAGAGAUAGACAGUGCACAAAGGUCGCUAGAUAGAAAUUCAUCUGAAAUAUCCUACAAAGUGGAGGCUAUUCCCCUAGACUUCCAGACAUAUAGUGCAUGGUUGGAGCAUACACAAAAUGUAAAGACGUCGGUGGAAAACGAACUGGUCGAUGCAGCUGCCAUGCGGGAGGCGCUGCACUUGUGUAGCCUAAAGGCACGCGGCAUUCUGGCUGGCCAGGAUGAGUGUACCGAAGUCUAUAUACGCAUUCGGGUUUUCCAGACUCAGCAGGUGAUCAAUGAGCUGUUGUGGCAGCAGAUGAGGCUGGGCGAAGAGAUGAAAGUGACCGUCUGCGAGAUUCAGACGCUGGAGAAUGAAGUGCGCGAUGCCUCAAAAGAUAUACGUUUGGCCGAGACGCGACUGGAGAAUCGUGCACAACGCUACAAAACUGAACUGUGCCUGGACAAUGCACACGAUCUUCUGUGUCGGGAGCUGGAAAAUCUGCGCGAGAUUCGUCGCUGUCUGCAGAACAAGCUGGAUGAAUUGAGGUUGAAUUGGCAAAUAAUAUCGGAGCAUGCACAAAAGAUCAGCUAUGAUCUGGAUAAGAAGCAGCUUACGCUGAUGAAUGACAAGCAAAUGCUGGUGGAGCGUCAGCACUUCAAGAAUGACGAGGCUGGACUGAAGUUGCCCAGUUCGAGUCCCCAGACCGAUCGAAAUAUUGUUCUCACACACACUGAGAAUAUAACUGAAAAGGACUAAGAAUGCAUCGAAUAAUGUAGUGUAAUCAUUUUUACUUUUAAUAAAGUGUCGGAAUGAA